UUUGUCCCUCCUCCUGUAGUGGUUGGAGGAGCGCUCUCCAUCUAACCGCGCAUCCUGCUCCAGAGUACCACCAGGAUGAUCCGCCGCUGCGCCAACGCCAACAACCUUCACUUCACUUUCAUUCUCAUUUAACCCCCACGCUACACCCAUGCUUUGCCUUCCUCUUGAGAUGCGACACCGCUGCACGAUUUCCCGGAGAAUACCUUUAUCCUCAGUCGCUCCUCGCUGAUAGAGAGCAUGCCCGACACGGGGACGGCAGCGGCGGGCGCUGCUGCAGCCGGGGCGGCCGCCGGUGGCGCGACCACCUCCGGGGACGGCCCCGAGAGUUCCCGGCACCGACACCGAGCGCCGCAAGGAGACGCAGAGAGGCCGGAUCCAGGCUCGGCUCCGCCACAGACCUCCUCCGGCGUGCUGGAUAAGCUGUUCGGGAAGCGGCUGCUGCAGGCUGGAAGACACAUCAUGUCUCAUAAGUCUUGGAUGAAAACGGUGCCCACAGAGAACUGCGACGUCCUCAUGACAUUUGCAGAUACUACAGAUGACCACACGUUACUAUGGCUACUGAACCACAUCCGACUGGGAAUCCCAGAGCUCAUCAUCCAGAUCCGACAUCAUAAACACACGCGAGUCUACGCAUUCUUCAUCACCGCUACGUAUGAAAAUUUGCUGCGAGGCGCCGAGGAAAUGGGACUGAGGAAAGCAGUGAAGCCCGAGUUUGGCGGAGGAACACGGAGCUUCUCCUGCGAGGAGGACUACAUCUACGAGAACAUCGAGAGCGAGCUGUGCUUCUUCACCUCGCAGGAGAGGCAGAGCAUCAUUAAAUACUGGCUGGACAACCUACGUGCCAAACAAGGGGAGGUGCUUCAUAACAUCAGCUUCCUGGAAGGCCAGCCAAUCAUCCCGGAGCUGAGUGCGAGAGGUGUGAUCCAGCAGGUGUUCCCUCUGCAUGAGCAGAGGAUCCUCAGCCAGCUGAUGAAGUCUUGGGUCCAGGCUGUUUGUGAGAAGCAGCCGUUAGAUGAUAUCUGUGACUACUUCGGGGUGAAGAUUGCCAUGUAUUUUGCCUGGCUGGGUUUCUACACCACCUCCAUGUUAUAUCCCGCCGUGAUCGGUUUCGUGCUUUGGAUGCUCACCGAGUCCGAUCAGACGAGCCGGGACAUCUGCUGCGUGGUGUUUGCCCUCUUCAAUGUGGUGUGGGCCACUCUGUUUCUGGAGCGGUGGAAGCGGAGGGGGGCGGAGCUGGCGUAUAAGUGGGGAACGCUGGACGCGCCUGCGGAGUCCCUGGAGGAACCACGGCCUCAGUUCCGGGGAAUCAAGCGCUGCAGUCCUAUAACGGGAUGCGAGGAGUUCUACUAUCCUCCGUGGCGGAGGCGUCUAUUCAGGUGGCUGGUCAGCCUGCCCAUCUGUAUCCUCUGUCUCUGUUUUGUCUUCCUGGUCAUGCUCAUCUGCUUUGAGCUGCAGGAGUUUGUGAUGGGGAUCAAGGAAAUGCCUCGGCUGGCUCGCUUCAUCCCCAAAAUCAUGCUCGCUAUCACUGUGACUGCGUGUGAUGAGGUGUACAGGAAGAUCGCCUGCUGGCUCAAUGACAUGGAAAACUAUAGACUCCAGAGUGCCUAUGAGAAAAAUCUCAUCAUCAAAAUGGUUCUUUUUCAGUUUGUAAAUUCCUAUCUCAGCCUUUUUUACAUCGGAUUCUACCUCAAAGACAUGGAGCGCCUGAAAGAGAUGCUGCUGGUGUUGUCUCUGAUCAGGAGUCUGCAGCGGCAGGUCCGGGUCAAUGUGCUGCCUCACGUCUCCCUGAAGAUCAAGAUGCUGGUGGUCUCUGUUCCCUGGUUCUUCAGGGCUUUGCUCGGGAACAAAAUGCUGGCCACUCUACUCAUCAUACGCCAGUUCCUUCAAAACGUUAAGGAGGUGCUGCAGCCUUACCUGUAUGAGCGUCACAAGCUGGGAGAGCUUACGCUGCGAGCCGUGUGGGACCUGCUGCUCUCAGUGCUGCUGAAAUACGCCCGGCUGGCAGCUGGAAAAGCCAUGGCGUCUCCCACUGACCAGACCAUGCCAGGACCUGGACUGAGGGGCACCAGGCCUGGAGUGGGGCAGCCAGAAAGAAGGGAAAAGAAGUGUCUGAACGGAGGAUGUGGAGUGCCUGAUGAGGAGGAGGGAGCUGAGAAGGACGAGGCUGACAGCGGGAGGUUCAGCGAAGGAGAGACGGAGGAGGAAAGUUUGAUCGACUGCGGCUUGAAGCUGAGGAAAGUGAGCUUCAUAGAGAAGGUGGACAGAAAGGCGGCGUGCAGUGGGCCCCCUGUGGACAGCAGCUUUCUGGAGGAGGGAAGCCCCACCAUGGUGGAAAAGGGAAUGGACCCGGCCUCGAUGUUCGAAAUGUGCGACGACGACGACGACAACGGAAUUCAUGAUGUGAAGGACUCGAGCGGGGGCAGGGCCGAGGCCGCUGAUGCUGCCGCCGGUGCCGCCUCCGCCGCCAGCCCGCUGCCUUCUGGAUCUGAGAGCAGCGCGUCGCUGCGUCACAGAAGAAGAGGCCGAAGCGCCGAGAGGGUCGAGCCGAAAACGAAAAGGGAAUCGUGGAUGGAUCCCCCCGAGGAGAGAGAGAGCACCACGCUCACUCAGGCGGAGAUGGAGAGCUGCAUGCAGACGUACUCAGACACUUUCCAAGACUACCAGGAGAUGUUUGUCCAGUUUGGCUACGUGGUGCUCUUCUCCUCUGCCUUUCCUCUGGCUGCCAUGUGCGCUCUCAUCAACAACAUCAUUGAGAUCCGCAGUGAUGCCUUUAAGCUCUGCACCGGCCUGCAGAGGCCCUUUGGAGUCCGUGUGGAGAGCAUCGGCCAGUGGCAGACUGCGAUGGAAGCCAUGGGCCUGAUUGCCAUCAUAGUGAACUGCUACCUGAUUGGUCAGUGUGGUCAGCUACAGCGUCUCUUUCCAUGGCUCAGCCCUGAGAUGGCCAUCAUCUCCAUCGUCAUCCUCGAGCACUUUGCCAUCCUGUUGAAAUACAUCAUCCAUGUGGCUAUUCCCGACAUUCCUACGUGGGUCAAAGAGGAGAUGGCUAAGCUGGAUUACCAGCGCAGGGAGGCCUUUAAGAAGCACGAGCGGCAGGCGCAGCAGCAUUACCAGCAGCUGCAGAGGAGGAAGAGGGAGGAGGAGGAGAGGCAAAGGCAGGCAGAGCACAUGGCUCGCAGGGAGAGGGAGCGGGACGACGGCAAAGGCGACGUUUCGGGGGAUCACCACCACGACAAAGGUCACGGCAGCAAAUCACGUUCUGGGGGUGGAGGCGGAGGAGGGAGCGGCGGGUCGGACAAGCCCAAGAGGCCCAGCUCCCUGUUGGCCAAUAAUAAUGUGAUGAAGCUGAAGCAGAUCAUCCCGCUGCAGAGCAAGUUCUCCUCGGGUGGCGCCCGCUCCCCACAGUCACCCACGGGCAGCGAGCCAAAACUGCCCGGCUUCUUGAGCUUCAAAUUCCUCAAGUCGCCUGAGAAUAAGAGGGAAGGUGCUGCGGCUUCUGCGGCCGCCGGCACCACAUCUGCCAGCGCCACGGCGACAGCGGCGCCGUCAUCAUCGUCAUUAUCAGGUAGCAGCUCUCAGGAGCGUUCUCAGUCACCCAAUAAAGCCUUCAACCCCGGGAAAUUGUUUAACUUUGGGAAAUCCGAGGGAGGGACUUCCACGAACGGAGCUCCGCUGCCCAGGUCAGGAGAGGGGUCAUCAUCGCUGACGACGGAAAGACAGCCUUCCCGGUCUGACUUGAAUGGCGUUCCGGACGAGAUCCCCUCACCCGGAGGGGAAGGCGCAGAGAACGGACAUUCGUCAGACUUGGACGCGGCUGGUUUUAAAAUGUAGAAAACGACGACAAAAAAAGCGCAACUUGUCUUUGGUUCCAUCUCACCUGAACAGGUGACGUGUUUACUGUGAGGAAGGCCUGACCUGCCCUCUGUGCUGUCACAGGCCGGUGCAGGAGAGCAGAAGCUGAUGAGGCGAGACUUGUUCUGGUUUGCUUUUUCUGCUGCGAGACAAAAAAAUAAAAUAGAGAAAGAAACAAAAAAAACAGGCUUUGUAAGAAAGACGAAAGCCCUUCUAUCAUGACCGAACACACACACACACACACACACACACACACACACACACACACACACACACACACACACACACACAAAUAUUCAAAUUCUUCCUUGUCUGCAAUACAUAAAGAAAUGCAUGAGCUGCGUUUCUAAUAUUUUUACGCCUUUAAAGCAGAGCUUUGUUUCCUGAUUUCUUCUUGUCAGAAAUUGUAAACAUCUCGGUGGCUUCACACGCAGUCUGUCGUGGAGGGGAGGAGUUUAAGGGAAAAAAAGCUUACAUGGCGGUACGAACGGAUUAGAGAUUGUACAUCAGAUAAUUCCUGAGUGUUUUUUAGCUGUCACCACACAAGCGAUCGUUAGAAAUCGGUCUCAUUUUUAAACUGCGACGAGUUGUUGGGCCCUUCGCUUUCGUGCUGAAGCUGAAGAGUGGAAAAGCAAUAUGAGUCAGUGUUUUUGUUUUUUUAUUAAGUGUCAAUCAUCGCAUAAGCCCCUCCUUAACAGUCGCCCCUGAUGUAUCACCAGCUUUAUUUUCAAAGCAGAGGUGAGGUCUGAGCUUUGCAGAACCCGGUUUGCUCCAAUAGAAAGCGGCGAGCUUAGUAAGUCGUAAAAAUCACAGUAUUUUGGAAGAGCGAGCGGUUUUCGAGGAAAAGGAGCAGAGAUGCCCGUUGCAUGCUGUUCUCCAUCCGAGUCCGUAGAGCGCCUUGUAAACACAGAUGGUGCCUCACGCCACAAACUCCAGCUAGACUUGGCAAACGAGCACAGAGUUAAAGAAGUAACAUUUGCACUAAAGCCUGACGCCCUGCAUAGAAACCACCUCGGCACAGAGGGCCCACACCAGCCUGCCUCAUCAUUAUGCAAAAAAUGCAUUUCUGUUCAUUUCCCCCUUUCACAUGGUGCAUGCAGUCGGCAGCAACGAGCUUUCAAAAUAUUCACGUUUUCUUUUCUUCUUGAACAGCUGUUUUUAUUGGCAGAAGAUGGAAAUUCCCUUUUUUUUAACCAGUGCAGAACUUUUCAGAUUAUGCUGUUAACCCAAGAUGUACAGUACUCUAUAAAGGUUUUAGGCACUAAAAUAUGUGAGAAUACUUUGAAAGAUGUCAGUUUACCUGACAGGAGUUCGGUAAAUAGAAAAACUCUACAUUAGUGGGAGCUUCAUUUGACUACACAGUCACUCAGUCAUUAUGAGAUCUUACCCAGAAUCCUUCUCUGGAGUCGGGCUGUGUCUCUCUUCAUGCAUUUACUGGCUCACUUGAUGACGUCACCACAGAGCUUCUGCAGGGACCAAUGCAUGCGUUGCAGGACUCCCUUUUCUCACUGAAGAUACAUUUUAGGUCAUCGUCAUUUUUCAAAAAGCAGGAUGGCAUCAUGUGAUUUACAAAAACAUACAAACAUCUCAGAGUGCCUAAAACUUUUUUCACAGUACUGUACUUUGCAUAUUGUUUGCAUGAUCCAUGUAUUUUCAAUGAGCCCAGCAUCUACCCUUAGCUGGUAUUUCACUUCUGCGGGGUCUCCAGAAGGUGGCGCUGGUUAUUUAGUCACCACAGGCAGCAAAAUUAAAGCGGUCUGACAAGUUUAUGAUGAUAUGAGACACUGAGAGAGGAUUCAGAAGCCGCCGCACUGCCGAGAUACGGAAACAUUAACUAUGCAUUUCCACACGUUCACCUCCGGCGAGGAUUUGGGCAAUAACACAGCGUUGAAGUUGACGUGUAGUACUAAAGCUCGACACUAACCCAACCUCAAACCCCAACUCCAGCGCAUCAUCCUCAUCCACUCUAUGCAUUUUCUUUCCCUUUAUGUUUUAGUGUCAGCUCUCUCAGAUCGCCUGUUUCCUAUUUAAUGUUAAGAACCUGCCCUGACCUGCAUCGGCUUAACAGGUUUUUGUAUUCUGUUACAGCUUUAAUGUGUUAGUUUUAGAAGUCUGGUCCAUUUUUCGCUCACACGCCUGCAGAAGAGACGAAAAAUGUUCUUUCCGGGAGGCAAAAAGUUCUUACUGACAUUAAAUGCAAUACCGAAAUAGUCUGUGCAGCCAUGUUAUCAUUUUUAGGAAUAUUUGGAAGGUACUGUUCAUUAUAAAUGUAAAUGGAGAAGGCCGAGGCUAAGAGAAACGUGACAUCAUCAGGGUGUGAUCUUAAGAGCAGCAGAGCGAGACGGUGACGACGUAGCUGAGCACAGUCUCAUUAAAAACCCUUGAUAUUCUUGCAGCAUCAGGAUUUCAGGGAUAAGUGGCUUCAUGGUGCGUAAGAGUCCAUCGUUUGAAAAAGUCCCAUAGAGAAGCAGAACUGGUGCGCUGAAUAGAUCCGCCGAUGCCGAGCGAGGUCACUUCCAUGUGUGCAUUCCCACCUUAUUCAGGUAAAGCUGAAGAGCAUCACAACAGACAUCGGCUUGUUACUUUUUUCGUUUUUGCAGUGAAACAUGUUCUGCGACGGAGAUCUGUAACGUUUGGAGGAACAGCAGCGUCACGGCGCAGGCAUCGCCUGCAUCAGGACACAAGCUCGGACUCGUUAUCAGAACAGCUUCUUUGAAAAGUUCGGACAUCGUCUGUCUCAUUCGGAAUAAGCAGGAAAGGACUGAAUGGACGUAUUAAUGUUUGUGUUUCAGAGUGGAUGUGAACAGGCGAGACUCACCGCAGCUACAUUACAGCCCGACCCGAACCUCAAAGACGAGACAUUUUCAUGGAAGCCUCACUUACACAACAUCAUACGCUCUUCCAAUGUACCACUGUACAAAAAAGAUCUUUUAAAGAAAAAUACUGGGGAAUGGGAUUAUUUAUUUCUUUUAAUUUAUUUUGUCAUAUUUUUGUAAGACCUGACAAAUAGUUAAUAAAACUAUUUCAAAUGCA